AUGGAGCAGAGAGCGGACAGGGAUAGGGGCGCGGGAGCAGAUGGGGAUGGGAGCGGAAGCUGCUGCGCCUGCAUCCGAGACCUGAGAACCGGCGGCGGCUGCCAUAAGGGUGCUGCCCCCUUUUGUAGUCCUGUUAUCCCGUUGAUUGGCUUGGUAGGGCUAGCAGGAUUGUGUGUUGACUGGUUUCAGAUCACAAGGAAAUGGGGUUUUGAGAAACUCGUCUUCCGUAAUUCGAUCACUGGAGUCAGGCGAGAUCGCAAAUAUGCAAUCAAAGCUUGGAACGCAUACUCCACAGGUGUACACAUGUCCCAAAAUGUCAUCGGUAGGACAACCCACAAGACAGAAAGCUUGAUCCGAUACUACCAUUAUCACAACUCGAUCAACGUCAUGGGGGAGCCCUGCAGAGAAUUCGUGCCGAAACUCACUAAUGGAAGCAAGGUAAUGUUUGAGGGGAUACCAUAUGUCUAUGAUGACAACAUGAAGCGCAUGGCAGGGGAGAUCAAACACUUCGAGGAGGAGACACUUGGAACCAUCCGUACAUAG